GGGGGGGUCUCUAAUGUGCCGAAAAGGACCCAGGAAGUCUCACUCAGUCACAUUUUCUUACCCUAACUCAAAUUUCAGUUAUAUUUCAAGACAGUAACUUGUAUUAUAACUAAAAUUGUUCUUCUUGAAAAAUUUGAGAAAUAAUAUGGGAUAAGAUAAAGGGAAUUUAAGUUUAUGCAGAUUGGCAAUUAAGCAAUAUGCUGUUAUUGACUGGUGUUUGGGCAACCAUUAUUUUGCUUUGCGUGAGCAGUUAUUGAUAUUCAAAAUCGUUGUCCGCAGACUGAUGACAGCAACUAUAGUUCAGUUUGAGGGUAUACAACUAUAAUUUGACGUGCGAUAUCGUUUAAAUGCUUUGUACAUUAUUUAGACUAUUACGAUGCAGCUUCAUAUACCAUUGAAAAAUGGUUUUAGAUUGUUUUUAAGAUAUCUCAAUUUCUUCCUGUGAAAUGCCUGAAAUAUGUAUGUAAUUAUAAAAUACAUGGCAUGCAGAUCAAGUUGAUACAAGUUAAUUCAGAUUACAACCUGUUUUUCUGUGAAGGUAGGGCACUAAAAUCUAAAGGAUGUGAAAUAUAUAAUAGUGCAUGAAAAUAUUUGUAGCUCUCUGGGAAAAUAUUUGUAGGAGAAAAUGUUUGUAGCUGUCUGGGAAAAUAUUUGUAGGAGAAAAUGUUUGUAGCUCUCUGGGAAAAUAUUUUGAAAGAAGCUCUGUGGUUUGUCCCAAUAUUUUCCUAGAGAGCUACUGAGAUCUGCAUCUACAUUCCUUCAUGUGAUCAUUAAUUCAACUCGUGGCACUUAUGGUUAGGUUGGGGCUCAGGUGAGUACUGUUUUAACUCCUGGAAUACUGCUUGUAUUUACAAUUUAAAAACAUUCUAUUACAAGUAAUUAUUUAUUAUUAUGAACUAGCAAUUUGUACUUGCUUUGUGAUUAUAAAUUGCAACUUCUUACAAAUUACUAAAAAUAGAUUAUACCCGGUAUUCUGAAGUAAUCAUUUGUGAUAAAAUUUAUUAAUUGUAUGGAUUUAUGAAGUAGUAAGAAGAUGAAAGAAGCCAUUUCAUAGUGGUAGGAGGUGGAAAAACAUACUUUUGAACGAUUCGACAGGCCCCAUGGUUAUUAAAAAAUCUCUUCUACUGACAUAUAUUAUCUAGAAUGACCUCAUUAAAGUUGAGCCUUCGGAUGUGUCAGAGAGCCAUUGUAUCAUUGCGUAGAUCCUACUGCACAGUGUCGCCAAGGAAUGUUCUCAAACUGCGGGAGCGAGGAGUGAUUCAGUCUGUUUUCCCAGCCACACAUGUUCAUGAGUUGGAAAAGCAGCUGGGGCAGCCCCUGACUGUGUACUGUGGUUUUGAUCCGACAGCAGAUAGUUUACAUCUGGGGAACUUGCUGGCUGUUAUAGCCUUGUUACAUUGUCAGAGAGCUGGCCACAGUCCUAUCUGUGUAGUAGGAGGGGCCACUGCCAAAAUUGGGGAUCCCUCAGGGAGAACGAAGGACAGAGACCCUCUAGGGGCAGAAGUGGUCGAGAAAAACAUAACCUCCAUCAGCGAGAGCCUGGAGAGGAUCUUCGCCAACCAUCAACAGUAUUUCUGGAAAAAUCAGAGCCGAGAUCUUCCAAGAGUCAAGAUUUUAAACAACAAUGAUUGGUACUGCAAGCAAAGUGUGGUCGAUUUCUUGUCAACGUUGGGCAGGAAGUUCAGAAUUGGCAGUAUGAUGCACAGAGAAAGUGUAAGGACCAAGCUGGAGUCAGACGAAGGUUUGAGUCUGACAGAGUUUACGUACCAGGUGUUCCAGGCCUGUGAUUGGCUACAUCUAUAUGAAAAUUACAAUUGCACUGUUCAGGUAGGAGGAAGCGACCAGCUGGGAAACAUCAUCUCUGGUUAUGAAUUCAUCACCAAAAUUCACAAAAGACUCUUCUUUGGAUUAAUGGUGCCAUUGUUAACCACUUCCAGUGGAGAGAAGUUGGGGAAAAGUGCGAACAACUCAAUGUGGUUAAACCCCGACAAAACUACCCCAUUUCAACUGUACCAGUAUUUUAUCAAUUUGCCUGAUAGUAACGUAGAGAAUUACCUCAGGCUGUUCACAUUUUUGACAAAGCAGGAGAUCCGGGACUGUUUGUCAGACAUGAGGGAAAAACCCGAGCUGAGGAGGUCCCAGAAAACGUUGGCAGAGGAAAUUGUUAAACUAGUACAUGGAGAAGUAGGACUCGAGCAGGCUAUAAGGUGGACUGAUGUGUUUUACCACCACAGGACGGAGAGCCUGGCCAUUCUCACGGAUCUGGAAGUCAAGGUCCUCUUUGGGAAUUUCCCCAUCACCACACUCCCUCUCUCUCCUGGUCUGAUGCUAGUCAAUAUCUGUCUCAGAAUCAACGUCUUCAAAUCCAGAGCUGAAGCUGAACAGAAGAUCCACUCUGGGCAGGUAAAGGUGAACUUCAGACAAGAGAGGAACCCAGAGGUCGUGUUUAGAGAGAUGGAGCAUAUUCUGCCAAAUGACAUCACCCUCAUUACUCUUGGAAAGAAAUCUCAUCAUGUUGUCAAAUGGGUAUCAUAGGUGUGUGUAGAGACAAGUCAAUGAAGACCAGACUGUUUUGAUCCAUGUGUAGAGACAAGUCAAUAAAAAUGUGUAGAGAAGUCAAUAAAGACCAGACUGUUUGAUCCAUGUGUAGAGACAAGGCAAUAAAUACCAGUGUGAGAUGAUCCAAAAAAUUUAUUAUUGUUUGUCAAUCUUCUCGGAAGUGUAAUUUAUAAUAAACUUGCUGAAUGUA